AUGAGCUUAAAAGCCCAGAAUAUAUCCAGUCUGCCUAAACAGGCACUAUCUCUGGAGCUAUUGCCCACAGAAAUUCUACUUCCCAUCGUUACUAGCAUUUCAGGUCUCGACACUCUCUGGGACUUACUAAGGGCAUCGCCUCAGGUCUGGCGCCUCUUCCAUAGCCAUACCCUUGCCAUCACCGAAGGCAUUCUUUCCGGACCGAAUUCGAUAUUGCCACCAAAGAUCCAAGAACUCAUCCGUGGAGUCAUACUCGCGCGCUCUGAGGCCCUCCCUUUUCGCAAUCUAGUCGAGUUCCGGGUCCAAUUCUUACACGGCGUGAUUCCUUUCUUUCAACCCAAGCGCGCAACAUUCGCUACUCUUCGUCCGGAACUUUUAUCUGCCACGAUGGUGCCCGUGGCGGUACUCCGGUCUAUCGUUGCAACAGCACACCAAAUCUCUGCCCUUUCGCAAGCAUGUUUGGCGUCAUGUCUACAAAGACUGAGAGACCCUAGCUUCAGGCCGCUACACGCUUUUGAUCCAGAGCCUUAUUAUACUCAUGGCUAUGGUCCUAACGGUGACUGGGUCGCAGCCUGGGAUCGCCAGUUCAUCGGCACACCUGCCAAGGUGGUUGACGCAGGGCAGCCGACCUGGGUAGAGGAAAUGCGAGUCCUGCGCGCUAUGUGGAUCAUACAGCUUGUGGGCGAAGUGCACCGUCUUGCUCGCCACAAGACGGACACAGUGGGCUGGCCAGCCCAUGACGUCGAGAUGCUAAACCAUAUGGACCCGGCGGACUUGGUCGAUAGACCUGAUGGUCCUCCCAAUAAAGCCGAGGAGGUUAGGGCUGCGAUGCACUACUUAGCGACGCUUGGAGACGCGUCGAUAGAUGUCUACUACCGAUUGCCCCGGCCACCAUCAUAUUCGGGGAGUACGAGAUGGAUCACAGCGCUGCCGAAACGAAAAGAGAUAAUCUGGAAUGUCUGGGGCUUCCGUCGAAAUGGCGAAACUCACCCACUAAGGAACGGUUCUCCGGUACCAGAGGAUAGCACACCGAUCAAGCGGCCAAUGCUUAAUGACCACUAUCGAUGGGGCCAAACAGAGGAAGCAUUGCAAAGAGAAUCUUCUGGUAUGUCAAAUUUUAGAUCACUCGCCAUUAGCGCUGCCAAUGAUUCGCCUAUUCCGGGAGUCAAGUUUGACUCGUUCCGCCCGCUAGGCUUCGCGUUCUGGGAUCAGUGGAGGAUGCACCUUUUAGGCCUGACCUUUGGGAUCGCGGGAAUAAAUCACUCACCCGAGUUUUACUUCUUUGCAUGGGAGAGUAUCUUGUCUCCUGAUGAGGUCACAAGUCUAAAGGCCGAGCUCCGGAAACAAGGACGCACCUUUCAUUCUAGUUCUUAG